AUGGUGCUCAACGGCGUUCUGUUCUUGCUCGUCUGCGCGGCUGCUCGAGCUGCCGCUUCCGGCGGAGACGGCCCGCUGCUGAACGGCAACUUCGAGCAGGCGCCGAACAGGUCCCAGAUGAACGGCUCGAGGGUGACGGGGAAGUACGCGAUCCCGCACUGGAAGGCCACCGGGUUCGUGGAGUACAUCGAGUGCGGGGCGAAGCAGGACCACAUGGUCCUCGUGGUGCCGGAGGGCAGGCACGCCGUGCGGCUGGGCACCGACUCCUCCAUCGAGCACCAGCUCAGCGUGACGCGGGGCAAGUACUACUCCGUCACCUUCAGCGCGGCGCGCACCUGCGCCCAGUCCGAGAGGCUGAGCGUGUCCAUCGUCCCCGGCGACGCCUCCAGCGGCGAGCUCCCCGUCCAGACGGUGUACACGAGCAGCGGCUGGGACUCGUACGCCUGGGCCUUCAAGGCCCGGCAGGGCGUGGUGUCGCUCGUCAUCCACCACGGCGACGACCAGGUGGACGACCCCGCCUGCGGCCCCAUCGUCGACGCCGUCGCCAUUAGAACGCUCAACCCUCCCCACGCCACCCACCAGAACAUGCUGAUCAACGGGGACUUCGAGGAGGGGCCGUACAUGACGCCGGGGUCGCCGUGGGGGGUGCUGGUGCCGCCCAUGGACGAGGACGCCACGUCGCCGCUGCCGGGGUGGGCGAUCAUGUCCUACUCCAAGGUGGUCAAGUACAUCGACGCGGCGCACUUCCGGGUGCCGCACGGCUCCCGCGCCGUGGAGCUGGUGGCCGGCGUGGAGGUGGCGCUGGUGCAGGAGGUGGCCACCGUGCCCGGCAGGUCCUACAGGCUGCAGUUCUCGGUGGGCGACGCGGGAAACAGGUGCGCGGCGUCGCCCAUGAGCGUGCAGGUGGCCACGGCGUACGGGGGCAAGCGCGUCUCGUACGAGUCCCGCGGCACCGGCGGGUUCGUGCGCGACAAGCUCGACUUCAAGGCCGAGGGGAACAGCACCCGGGUGGUGUUCUACAGCACCGGCUACCACACCACGUCCGACAGCAGCGGCACGCUCUGCGGGCCCGUCGUUGACGACGUCUCGCUCGUCAGCGUUUCGCACCCGCAUGCUCGCCGGUUGCUCCGCUGA